AUGAAGAAGGAGGUGUGCUCCGUGGCCUUCGCCAAGGCCGUGUUCGCCGAGUUCCUGGCCACCCUCAUCUUCGUCUUCUUUGGCCUCGGCUCAGCCCUCAAGUGGCCGUCGGCGCUGCCCUCCAUCCUGCAGAUCUCGCUGGCGUUUGGUCUGGCCAUAGGCACCCUGGCCCAGUCCCUGGGGCCCGUGAGUGGAGGCCACAUCAAUCCUGCCAUUACCCUCGCCCUCUUGGUGGGCAACCAGAUCUCGCUGCUCCGUGCUGCCUUCUACGUGGUGGCCCAGCUGGUGGGCGCUAUUGCUGGGGCGGGCAUCCUCUACGGGCUGGCACCACUCAAUGCCCGGGGCAACCUGGCCGUCAACGCUCUCAACAACAACACGUCGCCAGGCCAGGCCGUGGUGGUGGAGAUGAUUCUGACCUUCCAGCUGGCACUCUGCGUCUUCGCCUCCACUGACUCCCGCCGCACCAGCCCUGUGGGGUCCCCGGCCCUGUCCAUUGGCCUGUCCGUCACACUGGGCCACCUCGUGGGGAUCUACUUCACCGGCUGCUCCAUGAACCCAGCCCGCUCCUUCGGACCCGCAGUAGUCAUGGACCGGUUUACCCCUGUGCACUGGGUAUUCUGGGUGGGGCCCAUCUUGGGGGCUGUUGUGGCUGCCAUCUUCUACUUCUACCUGCUCUUCCCCAACUCCCUGAGCCUCAGCGAGCGUGUGGCAGUGCUCAAGGGCACGUAUCAGCCGGAGGAGGACUGGGAGGUGCAUCGGGAGGAACGGAAGAAGAGCAUGGAGCUGACCGCCCACUGACCAGUAUCAGGCAGGGGCCAGCCCCUCAGCCCCUGAACCACAGGGGAAAAAAGAAGAACAUAUGACAACAAAGCUUCCUUCCCCUAUAGCCGGGUCCUUUUGGCUGGGGAAGAGGUGCUGGCUCCUCAGGCUGCACAGCUAGAGCUGGGAGCAGGAACCCAUGACAGGCUCCUGGGGUUGGGGUGAGGGGUUGGAGCCUGGUGGAGAGGGGUCUCUCUGGGACAGAACAAACUGCUGCUGUGAGGUCAGGCCUCAGAGAUUGUGAAUGCGGCAGGAAGCUCCCAGGCUGCCCCAGGGCCAGGCCAGGAAGGGGUGGCCUAUGGUCUGCUCUCUCCACCCUCCCAGCUCCUCCUCAAGAGCCUGAGGGAUCGCAGCCCUUGUGACAGCAGAGGCAGGUGGACCCUCCCCUAGAGCUCCUGAGGAGGAACACAGACUGGUUCAUUGAAUGAUGCCUUAUUUAUUUCUGGUCAAAGACGGGUGGGGCAAGGCUGCUGGUGUUUGAGGUGCGGGCUUCUCAAUA